GGUCAAAACUAACCGAACCCAGUCAAAAACCCCAAUUAAACCCUUCCGAAAACCCUAACGAUCUCCUCUUCCGCCGCCCAACUUCACGCCGGCGAGAAUGUCGCCGGUGUGUCCAACCGCUUCGAGCUCUACUCUCUUCCCGGUCUCUCCCUUUCUAUCUUUCCCUCGCACCUUCACCGGAGCAACAUCCAUCUCCAAACCGUUUUUCGGACUGCCCAAUCACGCACCGGCGAAGAAACUGCUCUCCACACGCCCCGGCGUCCUCAUUUCCGACAACCGGAGGGCAUGGACUCCCGAGACGCCGGCGACGGAGAAGGAAUUGAAGGACGAAGGGCUUCGAGCCACCACAGCUAUGACAAAGCUGGUGUGCACGAUUGGCCCCGAGACAUGCGGUCCCGACCGGAUCGAGGCGUUGGCGGCGGCGGGGAUGAAGGUGGCGCGUGUGAACAUGUGUCACGGCACGCACGCGUGGCACCGCGCGGUGAUUGAGCGGGUGAGGAGGCUGAACGAAGAGAAGGGGUUUGCGGUGGCGAUCAUGAUGGACACUGAAGGGAGUGAGAUCCACAUGGGCGAUCUCGGCGGCGCAAGUUCCGCCAAAGCAGAGGAUGGUGAUAUGUGGACGUUUACCGUUCGGCCUCUCGGUUGUUCUCUGCCGGAACGCUCUGUUCAUGUGAAUUAUGAUGGUUUUGCUGAAGAUGUGAAGGAGGGUGAUGAGCUUGUUGUGGAUGGGGGAAUGGUGAGGUUUGAGGUGACUGAGAAGAUUGGUCCAGAUGUUCUGUGCCGAUGUAUAGAUCCCGGGUUGUUGUUGCCGCGAGCUAACCUUACAUUUUGGAGGAAUGGGACUCUAGUUCAAGAGCGUAAUGCCAUGCUUCCCACUCUAUCAUCUAAGGACUGGCUGGAUAUUGAUUUUGGAAUUGAAGAGGGUGUUGAUUUUAUUGGGGUUUCCUUUGUCAAAUCAGCUGAGGUCAUUAAUCACUUAAAGAGCUACAUUGCUGCAAAAUGUUGUGAGAGCGAAAUUGCUAUCAUUGCAAAGAUAGAGAGCAUAGAUUCUCUGAAGAAUUUGGAAGACAUCAUUAAGGCAUCCGAUGGUGUUAUGGUAGCCAGAGGAGACCUGGGUGCGCAGAUACCCUUGGAACAAGUCCCAUCAGUUCAAAAGAGGAUUGUUGAGCUGUGCAGGCAGCUGAAUAGGCCUGUCAUUGUUGCUUCUCAGCUCCUUGAGUCCAUGAUUGAAUAUCCUAUUCCAACUAGAGCUGAGGUUGCUGAUGUUUCAGAAGCAGUUGGACAGCAGGCAGAUGCUUUAAUGCUUUCGGGCGAGUCUGCUAUGGGCAAUUAUCCCGACAAGGCAUUAGCAGUACUGAGAAAUGUCAGCUUAAGGAUGGAGAGGCAUUUGAAGGAGGUAAAACGUCAUGACACCGUGAAACUUCCUGCUAUUACUUUCUCUUUGACUGGAGAUAUAUCAGAGGAGAUAUGCAACGCAGCUGCCAAUAUUGCGAAUAAAUUGGAAGCAGAUUACAUUUUUGUCUACACAAAAUCAGGGCAUAUGGCUUCUCUCUUGUCCCGUCAUCGACCCGACUGCCCAAUUUUUGCCUUCACCCCCUCAGCCUCUAUGCAGAGGCAGCUGAACCUGCUGUGGGGUGUUACACCAUUCUGCCUUAGCUUCACAGAUGACAUGGAAAACAACCUAAGCGGAACAUUCUCUCUGCUGAAAGCAAGAGGGCUGCUCAAGUCUGGAGACUUUGCCAUUGUUGUCUCGGAUAUGCUGCAAUCUGUUCAGGUUAUCACUGUCCCCUAAGUGGGAAUUUACGACGUCUUUGGUUUUAUAUGGCGCUGUCAUGGUAAGUGAUUUGCGAUGCUGAGGAGAAACAAAGGAGUUGGUAUUAUCUAACACAAUCUUUGUGUGUUGAUUGAACUUGAGAUGCAUUUGUCCCAUAUAAUGUUUUCCUUCUUUUCAACUCUUCCUUCUGUAGCGGAGGGGUUCCAUUUCCUUGUAUUGUAAGUAAUUUUUGACAUUAUUGUUUGAUUACGGAAGUUCAAGUUUUGGAUUCUUUGGGCUUCAAUUUCACAUGUUAUUCGGAGUGGGCUUUCACCGCUGUCGUCUAUCUUUCAA